GCGGGCGUGGUUCGAGGAAGCCCGUGCACACGGGCACUCUGUGAAGAAGCGCCACCUUCUGUCGCAGUGGCAGCUUCUGCUCAGCUCUGAGUUGGUGAAACUGAAGUCUGCGAAGGAGGCAGCCACGGACUCCUUUGAGCGGGCACGUCUGGAUCAAAAGAUCUCUGAGGGAGAGAAGCAGCUGCAGAGCUCUGCGAAAGAUGCUGGCAAGAACCGUCUGAAGCUGCUGCUGAAGGACGUUGGUGCCAAGAAUCUGAUGCCAGAUCUGAAGACGAAGCUCUCUGAAGCAGAGGAACAGGUCUCUGCCAAGCUGACCUACCAGAGUCUGGACCACACUCUGCACCUGGCCUGCUUCGCUCCUCUGGAGGACCUGUCUGCUCGUGUUGCUAAACCUCUGGAGUUCAGACAGAACCUCGGUGGUCUGGUCGUUGUCUGCUCCGACCAGAUCCCUCUGUGGAUCAAGGCGGGGUCUGAGCGGGAGCUCUUUGCUGACUGGGAGCACAGGCCUCUGCCCCAGCAGCAUCUGCGACAGAGACUGAGAGACCACCAUCUGGCAAGUUCUGACCAGAUCUCAGCCUCUGGCGAUGUCUCUGGUCCCGUUAGACCUCUGCUAGAAGCUGUCAAACCGUCUGCAAAAGCAGCUAGUGGCUCUGGACAAAGACAGAAGCGGGCCUUUGUGGAUGCGGACUCUGUGAGGUACCGUGUCACCUACGAGGCCAGGCAAGCUCUGUACGGCCUCUGCAAAGACCCUGGCCCUGACGGAGAGCCAGAACUCAGCGGCCGAGUUCUGCCUGGACUGCUGGUGGUGCACGGCACGCACGCUCGUCUGGACAACAUCGACAGCUCUGGUCGGUUUCUGAAAGACGAGAGCUUCGAGUUUGCUGGCAAGCUCGUCUGCCGCAAGGCAGGCUCUUCGGCAGGGAAUCUGCUUCGUGGCUGGCGACAGGCAAGGGACCAGGCUCCGCAUCUGUUCAGGCAGAUCUGCGUAAUGUCGCAACCCUCUGCCAACGUCGAUGGGAUAAUUUUCGCCUGGUCCCAGGAAAGUCUGGCUGCUCUAGCACCUGCCUCUGUGCAUGUUCGCGACUGUUUCGCCGCAGCCUGGUCGGCUUCUGCUGCCGAGUCUCUGUUCUAUGCCCAGUCUCUGCAGACGAUCAUAGGACCGAAACUCACGGCCAGUCUGCAACUCACUGACACGGACUUCUCGCGGGCCUUCAAAUCUCUGGCCAGGGCGGCCAUGGACAAGCUCCAGCCGCACUCUGGUCAGACCGCUCUGUUAGCUGCCGGCGAGAAGGAGUUCUGGAGAGCGAGCCAUCUGGACAUGGCGAAGGCUGUUGUUGAGGCUCAAUCCGAGAUGUCUCGGCGACAAGCCAGCAACGACUGGAUCGUGUCUGGUUUACGCCGCAACGGUCUGCUAGCUUACAGACCGGACUUCUCCAAGCAGACCCUGGUUCCCCUGUCAGACUCAGAGUGCUGCGGCACUGGCAUGGGUUCUGCAAGGACAAAGCCCAGCUGGCUGGAGGACCGCUUCUCCUGGCGGGAUGCAUCUGGCACUCCCGUGAAGCCCGACUGGUCUGCUCUGCAGGGAGCCAAGGUCAUCGCGGAUCUGGUGGAGUGGAGCUACCACCACUCUGAGUCGCAGGACGAGGGUCUGGAGAGCCAGGUGUCUGAGGCCAUGCUCAAUGUGCAUGAGAUGCCUCUGGAUCUGCAGCUUCCCUGCAUCGAGUCUGGCAUCCUGACCCUGUCUCUGGACUUGCAGCGGACAGCCUGGCAGAAGCAGCUUUCUGCAGAUGCAAAGCUUCUGCAGAAGAAAGCUGUCAAGCGAGACGUGAAGCUGAUGGUCUCUCUGGCCAAGCGGAAGCUGCGAGGCAAGCUUCUGGAGGCCAUGCGGCAUCGUCUGACGCAGAUGUCUCGGCAGCAGGCUCUGCAGCGUCUGGUGCCCAGAGCCUCUGACGUGAAGCCCUCUCUGGUGAAGAAGGCAGGUCUGAAGCACCAGAAGAAGAUGGCUCUGGGGAAGGCUGCCAAGGCUCUGGCGAAGGCCAAGGCUCUGGCGGACAAGCCCUCAGCAGACUCUGCUGUGGUGCCAAGCUCUGCCCCGUCUGACCCCGUGUCUCAGAAGGCCUCUGAGUUCAAUCAGGCGAACAAGUGCCCUCUGUACGGCCGAGUCUGUCGGAUUCUGCGAGAGGACAGCAACUGUGGCAAGUCUGGCAAGUGCACUCUGCACAACUUGCUGACCAAUGAGGUCUCUCUGAUUGGUGUUGGAGAUGCCUCUGCCACGGUGCUCCUCUCUGACAAGGAGGUCUGCGAACUGGAUCCACUCUGGAAGUCUGCGAAGAAGUGGAAGAAUCUGCGGCUGAAGAGGGAUCUGAAGCAGAUGGUUCUGCGAGCCUGCGGAGGCUCUAGCCUCUUUCUGGAGGCAGUUGGCGAGUUCUUUGCCGCGGAGCCUCUGGAACUUCUGGUUUUCAAGAAGUCUUUCCCGCAGAUGCUUCUGGAUCAGCAUCUGCGGUACGCCUGGGAGCUUCUGAGGUUCAAUUUCUCUGAACCUGGCACGAACUGGUUCAUGGAGAACAAGGUCUGCCUCCUGGACCCCAAGCUCUCUGCCGAGGUUCUGGCGGGAGAGCACCCACGGCCGGACCUUCUGCAGGCUGCUCUGGAUCGACUCUGUUCUGAGAACAAGGUGAUCUUCGCGCCAAUCUGGGGGCAAGCUCCGCAGCACUGGACUCUUCUGGUCCUGCAGCGACAGGACCUCUCCGAGAACUUUUCUGUGAAGUACCUGGACAGCCUCUCUGAGAAGCACGAGAACUGCUCUGUGAACGCCGCGAGACUUCUGUCCCUGAUCCUGCCCACGGAGGUUCUGCCCGAAAGAAGCCCCUCUGGCACCCAGAAGGCGGAUGAAUGCGGUUUCUGGGUUCUGGCCAACAUGUUGAGCAUCUGCUCGGGCCUCAAUCUGGAAGGUCCCUCUGCUCGUGGAUCUCGCGGAAAGCUGGUUCUGGAGCUCAUGUCUGAGCUGAAAGGCUGGCUUGUGCAGCUCUCUGGCGAGCAGGCCAAGCUGGCGAAGGAUCUGGCGACCAGGCAGAAGGAUCUGGACAAGACUCUGAAGGCGAACCGUCUGCGGACGGAGAAGCUGGUCGCCAAGUCUGGCCACGAGUCUGAAGUUCACCUGGGCCUCGUCCAGCUGGCUAAAGAUCUGCUGGCUCUGGGCAAAGAGCCUGAAGCUUCUGAUCUGUCUCUGGAGGACAAAGCUCGUGUGGAGCAGGUCCGUCUGUCUGGCCUGGGCGUCUGUUCAAGGUGCCACUGGCAGUCAGGCUGUCUGGACUGUGAUCCGAAGAAGCUGGAGAGGUAUCUGCUCAACAAGCUGCGACUGGAGCUAGGUCUGCCGCCAAAGCCUGCGUCUGCGUGA